AUCAUAGUUGUCAGUUCACAAAACAUUUAAAAAUUGUUAAUAAUUAUUAAUCAAUUAAUUGAUUAAUGCAAUUGAAAAAAAACUAAUAUGUUGUAAAAAAUAAUCAUAAUAAUAUAAAAUAGUAAUAUUAAUAUAUAGUGAUUGUGCUGGUUCACACCACACAGGUGUAAUCAAGAAUUAUCAUUAGGAUUGGGAUAUCAAUAUGAGUUCUGGAGAUAAACCAUGCAUCAUAGUGGUCCAUGGCGGAGCAGGAGACAUUCCUGAUGAAAGAGUUCCGGGAAAAUUCAAAGGAGUAAAAUUGGCAGCUAGGAUAGCUUUGGAGAUCUUAAAAAAUGGAGGGACUUCAAUAGAAGCAACUGAAGCAGCCAUCAGGAGUAUGGAGGAUGAUGAAAAUUUCAAUGCUGGGUAUGGGUCUGUCUUGACGAUAGAAGGAAACGUAGAAAUGUCGGCAAGUAUGAUGCAUGGUGAGAAACUGCAGGCAGGAGCAGUAGGAUAUUUAAAAAAUAUUGCUCACCCUAUAUCAUUAGCAAGAAAAGUUAUGGAAAAGACUCCUCAUGUGUUAUUGUGUGCUGAAGGAGCUACUCACUUCGCCGAAAAGGAGGGUUUUGAUAUUCUGCCAGAAGGUUCUUUGGUUACAGAAAUGGCGAAGAAGGCGCUGCAAGACUUUAUAGACAAUGGGGGUAUUGGUGGCACCGUCGGAGCAGUAGCCCUGGACUGUUACGGUAACCUAACUGCGUCCACUUCAACUGGUGGUAUAACUGGCAAAUAUAGAGGAAGAGUUGGCGACACGCCGCAAUUGGGAAGCGGAACUUAUGCUGAUAAUAAACUUGGCGCAGUUUCUACGACUGGGCAUGGUGAAUCAAUUCUAAAAGUGUGUUUAGCCCAUUCAAUACUCAUGAGAAUGCAUCUUUGCCAAGGAAUGAGUCCAGACGAAGCUGCUAAAAUUUCCAUUGACUCAAUGCAAACGCGUCUGAAUAAUACAGCUGGAGCAAUUGUUUUAAGUCCUACGGGUGAACGAGGAGUGUACCACAAUUCAAAAAGAAUGGCUUGGGCCAGCUGUAAACUGGGUGACGAUGUUUUGGAAUUUGGCAUAGAGCAAGGCCAAUGUGAAACAGAACCUUUGUGAAAGAGUUAAGUACAGAAGGAAUGAAA